AUGCCGUCUCCACGACAUAUCGCCGCAGCUUUAGUUGCCACUGCGACAACUGCAUCAGCUCUCUAUGUAAACGGUACUGUCGUUGCACCAUGCGACUCACCAAUUUACUGUCAUGGAGAUAUCCUAGAACAGGUCGAACUCGCUCGGCCUUUUAGCGACUCCAAGACCUUUGUCGAUAUGCCAGCUAUUCGCCCUCUAAGCGACAUCCAGGAAGCUUUUGACAAGCUCGAGAAACCUCUCCGUAACAAUUCUGCUCUUGCUGACUUUCUCGAUGAAAACUUUGACGAUGCUGGCAAUGAGCUGGAAGAAGUAUCCAGAGAUGAUCUCGAUACUGAUCCUAAAUUCCUCGACAAUAUCAACGAUACCGUCAUCAGAGAAUUCACUGAAAAGGUUAUUGAUAUUUGGCCUGACUUGACCCGUCGAUACGACCAAGACGCCAAAAACUGCUCAGAUUGUCCCAACAGUUUCAUCCCCGUCAAUCGAUCCUUUGUUGUUGCAGGUGGUCGCUUCCGUGAACCUUAUUACUGGGACUCUUACUGGAUCAUCCUGGGUCUUCUCAGAACUGGAGGUUCUUUUAUUGAAAUCGCCAAGAACACAAUUGAGAAUUUCCUCGACUUCAUCGAGGAGUAUGGUUUCGUACCUAAUGGCGCUCGAAUCUACUACCUCAACCGUUCCCAGCCUCCUCUGCUGUCGCAGAUGAUCAAGGCCUACGUCGAAUACAAUGUAUCCAACACUAGACCUCGUCCCGAGUCAUAUCGUGAGGACUACAUCACCGCAGAGAACACAUCCUACUACUCGCCAGAGUCCGGUAAAGUCUACAAAGGCGGCGAAGAGCUCAGCUUCAAGCAAAAGGAGGCCCUGUACGGAAACCUCGCUAGUGGCGCUGAGAGUGGUCUCGACUACACGGUCAAGUGGAUUGCUCGUCCAGAGGAUGCUAUCCGUGACAACUACUUCCCACUUCGAUACCUCAACACUAGAAACAUCAUUCCUGUUGAUCUCAACUCUAUUCUGUACGGUAACGAAAUUGCCAUUGCCGACUUUUACGAGCAGACAGGAAACAACAGUGCCAGUGAGCAGUGGCGCGAGGUCGCUGCCAACCGAAGCUAUGCCAUGCACGGUUUUCUGUGGAACGAGACUCUUUGGAGCUAUUUCGACUACAACCUGACUUCCAAGGCGCAACAGAUCUAUUUCCCCGUGGAUGAGAAUACAACCGUGGUGGAUACAGAGGAUGCUCCCAAGGGACAGCAGGUCUUCUUCAGCCCUACCCAGUUCUACCCCUUCUGGCUUGGUGCUGCGCCCGACUACCUCAAGAACAACCCAUUUGCCGUUUACACCGCUUACAAGCGUGUCGAAUACUACCUUGACAACCGUGAUGGCGGCAUCCCUGCGAGCAACGUCGAGACUGGUCAGCAAUGGGACCAGCCUAAUGUCUGGCCUCCUUUGAUGCACAUCCUCAUGGCAGGACUCGAGAGAGUUCCUCCUACCUUUGGCAUUCGAGACCCGUCCUUCGUCGAGGUCCGCAGACUAGCUCUUCGUCUUGGACAACGAUACCUCGACUCGACUUUCUGCACCUGGUACGCAACUGGUGGCUCAACGUCGGAAACGCCCAAGCUCCAAAGCACAUCCGAUGAGGAAGAGGGUAUCAUGUUUGAGAAGUACGCUGACAACGCUACCAACGUUGCUGGAGGUGGUGGCGAGUACGAAGUUGUCGAGGGCUUCGGCUGGACGAACGGUGUUUUGAUUUGGGCUGUUGACGAGUUCAAGAACAGACUGACACGGCCCAAGUGCGACAACCUCGAAUCUGCACACUCAAACGAUAAGCGCGAUCCGAGUGCUGUCAUGUUGAAUGCUCGUGAUGCCAAGCGCGUCAAGAAGUUUGGUCGCAGAAAGAGAGCUGCCGAGAAGGCUGCGAAGAAGAGGUCGAGUCGUGUCUUCUACUUUUAAUUAUGGAUAACUAGCUUAUGAUGGAUGAUUGUAUAUUGCCUUGCUGUAUAACCUUUACUUGGUAGCCAGUGUAACAUAUCUUUACCGCUGAAAAUGUCUUUCUCUGCACAACAUACUGUCGAUCUGUACAAAUAUCAA